CAUAAUUCUCAUCGUCAUUAUAAUAAUCAAAACAAUUUACAUAAUAAUGAUAAAGAAAAUAAUCAAACGAUUCCUGUUAAUGAUGAUCAUAAUGGUGAUGAUGAUGAUGACGUUGAUAAUAAAAAAAAAAUUAUUAAUAAGGAUAAUGUAAAUAUUAAUAAAAAUUCUAUUAAAACAACAACAAAAAUUGGUGACAGUUCUUAUAAUAGUCAUAAUAAUAAUACUAAAAAUUAUAUGACAACAACAUCUGCGACAAAUCCGUCAACAACAACAAAAACAACAACAGCGGAAACGAUAACAACAACAAAUGAAAUUUAUCCCAUUCCGAUAUUAUUCAAAUUUCAUGAUAUACGAUGUGCAUGUGAAUUAUUACUUUUAGCAAUUAAUUCACUAGAAAUAUGUAGAUCAUUAUUACCAUUACCAUUUUAUUCAGUAACAUUUUGGACACAAAAUUUAAUAAAUUUAGAGACGUCAACAAUAAAUACAGCAUCAGCGACAUUUGAAUUACAUAAUAAUAAUAAUAGUAUAAAUUAUAAAGGACAUACAGUACCACUAUCAACACCAUUAUUGAUGAAUAGCAAUAAUAUCGAUGAUAAUGAUAAAUUUCAAUUGAUAUUACAUUCGCCACCAUUUAUAAUUUACAAUUCAAUUUUUGGAAUAUUUAUGACAUUUAUUUUAAUUGGAUAUCAUAGGAUUUUAGAAAUGAGAAAUAUUCCAGAAUUUUUAUAUGUAUCGAUGCCAUUGGAAAUUGUUUUAGGAAUUAUAAGAAUUUAUCAAAUACAUUUUAAUGUACCAAGUUAUUUUGAUUUGGAGCCAUUUUUAAAUUGGAGCACUGGUUUCUGUUUAUUUGGAAUAGCUAUAAUUGAUGGAUAUGUAUUAUAUAAACAGCGUUUUAAAUCGAAACCGGCCAGUAAGAAGUUAAAUGAAGAAAAUAUUGGAUAUAAACAUUCAAUUUCUACAUUUUUCUCAAAAAUAUUAUUUUGGUGGUUAACACCAUUUCUUUGGUAUGGUUAUCGUGAACCAUUAGAACAAGAAGAUCUUGGUACUUUACGUGAGGAGGAUAGUGCUAGAGCAUAUUAUGAUCAAUUCCUUAUCAUUUAUAAGAAAUCAGCUAAGGAAAAUAAAAAUCCUUCAUUAUGGCUUUGCUAUUUAAAAAGUAGUUGGAAAUGGUUCACAUUAGGUGGGAUACUUAAAUUGCUUGGUGAUUUAUCAGCUUUAAUUGGUCCAUUGUCAAUACAUCAAAUUGUUGAUUACAUUGAAUACGAAUAUAAUCGUUCCUAUUUGAAUAGUACUUCAAUAUUAUACAAUAUUCAAAAUCAUUUUAAUUCCAAAUAUAGCAUCAAUUACAAUAAUAAUAAUAAUAAUAGUAUAAAUAAUGAUAACAACAAUACAACAAAUAAUUUUGUUGGCAUUGGUCAUAUGAAUCGUAUGAAUCUAUUCAAUAGAAAUAAUUUAAAUAUAAUUUGGUCAUUGUUACGUGCACAUUCAAAUUAUCGUAAGUUAGAUGAUAUUAUAGAAUCCCCUGGUAAUAUACAUAAUGUUGAUACAUUAGUUGAAAGUGCAACCAAUUUACCCUCUUUGAAUGCAACAGCAAUAUUUGAUAAUAUUGAAGAUAACAUAAAUGAUACUGUUACUAGUUAUAAUACCAAUCACAGAAUAGAAUAUAGUCAUGAUAUUAUACGUCCAAUAUACUCAAUGCUAUAUAGUUUAUCAGAAUUUUUACCAUCAUUGACCGGAGUUAAUUUAUGGGCAAAUAUUAGUUGGAUACCACCAUAUGAAUAUGGUUUUUCUAUUAGAAAACCGAUUGAAUCAAUCAUUUUAAAUGCAACUAUAAACCAAUAUAGAAAUUAUCAAACUAAUCAAACCGAUAAUGUAACCAAUAAUGAUAAUUUUAAUUUACCAUAUAUUGAUAGCAAUUAUCAUGUAUCACAAUAUCAUACACACAAUUAUUACUACUAUCCAAAUUGGAUAGAAUUUUUAUCAAAUGGUUGGAUUAUUGCAUGGAUAGUUUUAAUCUCAGCAAUUGCUCAAGGUGGUCUAUCACAAGCCUCAACGCAUUUACUCAAUAUGACUGGUAUUAGAAUUAAAACAUCAUUACAAGGAUUGAUUUAUCGUAAAACUUUAUUGUUAAGUUCAAGCUGUAUAGAAACAAAUCGAAAUGAUAGUCAGAAUAAUAGAAAUGAUUUCAAUAGUGAAUUAGGUGAAGGACACGAUAAUGAGAAUCAAAAAAAGAAAAAAGGUAAUACAUAUAAUAAUCAAAGAAAAGUUCAUGAACAAAAUAUUGAAAAUCCAAAAACUAAUGAUGUAAAAUCGAAUAAUAAUCAUAAAUUGUCAGAAGGUGAUGAUAGUUUGAAAAAUGAUAACGAAAACACUACAAGAGUAAAUAAUAAAAAAAUAUUUGGUAAUGAUAACAAUAAUGAUGCAUAUAGUGUUAGUGGUACAGGUAAUAGUGGUGGCGGUGGUAAGAGAGAUGCUGGUUCAAUUACAAAUUUAAUGACUGAGGAUUCAUUGAAUGUAAUGUCAUUCUUUUGGAUUGCACAUUAUGUAUGGGCAAUACCACUGAAGAUUGGUCUAGUUAUGUACUUACUAUACUUGAAAUUGGGUAUAAGUGCAAUUAUUGGUUCAUUUGUUUGUAUUCUAACAAUGACUCCAUUACAAUUUCUAAUUGGUAAAGCGAUGUCAAAGAAUUCUGAAAUAUCGGCACAAUGUACAGAUGAAAGAUUAAGAAAGAUUAAUGAUAUAUUCUUGGGAAUUAAAUUAAUUAAAUUGAAUGCAUGGGAAAAAGUCUAUAGAGAUAAAAUUGGUGCAGCUAGAAGAAAAGAAUUAAAAUAUUUAAAUAAAGAUUCAUUUUAUUGGACUGUAAUGACUUUCUUAACUCAUUUGUCAUCGGUUUUAAUAACAUUUGUGACAUUAGCUGUUUAUGUUAAACUUGAAACCAAUAAUUUGGAUCAAUCAUCUAACAAGAAUUCUACAUCUGAGUCAUCUGGUUUUGAAUCCUUUAAUAAUUUUGAAUUUACAGCAUCACGUUUAUUUUCGGCUUUAGCACUUUUUAAUCAACUUACUGUACCGUUGUUGAUAUUUCCGAUUACGGUGCCUAUAAUUAUUGCAGCUAUUAUUAGUACAAAACGUUUGGAACGUUUUCUUAGGGAACCAGAAGUACAGCGAGAAUUUGAAGGGAUAAAAAACAUGGCACGUAUAAUAAGUAAAAGUGAUGCUGCCCUGGACAUGUAUGAAAUUAAAAUAACAAAAUCACAAGAAAGAGAAAUACAAUCAAUACAAAGCCAAGAACAAUCAAAUCCCGUGGAUAUAAAAAAUUUUUCAAUGUCACCAAUAAACGAAUUAGAAUCAUCAACAUUUGACUAUCCAUUAAAACCUACCAAUACAGAGGAAACAUUUUCGAAAGCUCAAAACAAUGAUUUCAAUCAAAUUCUUCAUAAUGAAAAUGAUACUUGUAAACAAAUUUCUUCUGUUCCACUACUCUCAUCAUCAACAUCGAAAUUUGACACAAAUUUUAAAGGAGAUUAUUGCGUAUAUCCUUUAGAUAUAAAUAAUAUUUCAUCGGGCACAAAAACUUUAAUGAAUAAUUCAGAAAACAAGGACAAUAAUUUUAUGUCAACAAUUUUAGGUUGUAAAGAAAAUCUUUCAAAAAGAAAAUCAAUUUGUGAAGAUGAAAUAUGUGAAUUCGAUAAGGAAUUUAAUGAAAUUGAUGAUGAAUUUGAUAUGGAAAAUAAACCGUUAACUACACUAACGCCUACGAUAACGAAUAGACCUCAGCAAAUAAACAAUAAAAUACAACAAUGUUUUGAUAUUGAUAACAGUAAUAACAAUAACGAAUAUUGCGACGAUUUUCAUCAAAAUAAUAGUAAAUAUAAAAAUAACAAUAAUAUAAAUAAUAACGACUCUUAUAAUUUAAUAAAUAAUAAUGAAACAAAGGAUAUUUUUACACUCGCAAUUCAAGAUAAACAUGAAACAGAAAAAGAAAAACGUCAAUUAAGAGAAUUCGAAGAAUCUCAAGGUAUUCAAAUUUCAAAUGAUUCGCCAAGAACUUCAAUUAAUUCAAAAUUAAAACGUGAAUAUAAAAGCCAUACGCUACCUAAAAAAAGACGUAAUAAAGAUUUAAUAAGAGGAGGUGGUGGUGGUUUAUGUGGCAAAAAUUCUACUCCCUGUGAAGACAAUAAUAUACAAUUACGCAAUAAACAUAAAAUUUUAUCAUCAACAGAUCAUAAUGAAGGAAACUUAAUAAAUGUUCAUGAUAGUUCAACUGGUAUUCUUGUUGAUAUUAAACAUCCCACGAUUCGCAAUUCAAGAAAACUUAUUUCUGGUAGAGAAUCAUUCCAAUUUCAAAUUGCUGAUGAUACUGCUGUAUCAAUAUCAGAUGGAAUAUUUUCAUGGGAUAAUUGUAACAUAGCGCUAAAAAUUAAUAAUUUAAAUAUCCCAAGAGGAAAAUUGACAGUUGUUGUUGGUAAAAAUGGUAGUGGCAAAACAUCAUUAUUAGCGGCUCUGUUGAAGGAAAUGCAUCAAAUUUCUGGGGAAAUUUCAUGGAACAAAUAUUCAACAACAGCGUAUGUACCACAGAUGCCAUGGUUAUUAAAUGCAAGUAUACGUGACAAUAUAUUAUUUGGUGAAUCUUUUCGUCCAAAACGUUAUGAAAAGGUCCUUGAAUCUUGUGCAUUAAAACCAGAUAUUGAUCUGAUGCCAGAAGGUGAUAUGACACUAAUUGGAGAACGUGGUAUUAAUUUAUCCGGUGGACAAAAGCAACGUAUCAAUAUUGCUAGAUCAUUGUAUUCAUCAGCAAAUGUUGUUAUGAUGGACGAUCCCUUAUCAUCACUGGAUAAUGAAGUUGCAAAACAUGUUUUUGAGAAUAGUAUUAAAAAAAUGCUAUUGAAAGCCAAUCGGACUGUUAUUUUAGUUACACAAAAAUUACAGCUAUUAUCAAGUGCAAAUUAUAUUAUUGUUAUGAAAGAUUGUUCCGUACAAUCAGCUGGUAAUUAUGAACAAAUCGAAAAUGAUCACCCGGAAAUUGUUACGGAAUGGAAAGCUCUUAUAGCUAAAGGUCUAGAUAAAGAUCAAAUAAGUCCUGGUAAAACAGCACGUGAACGAUGGAGAUUAUUUAAAAAUGUUUCAAGAAUUGGUUUAUUACGACCACAAGAUUCUGAUCAAGAACAUCUAUUGUCGAUAUUUCUAGUUGGAAUUAAAGUAAAAUUAAAAAUUAUCGAAAUGUUACAAAGAAAUUCUGAUGAAAAUCAGAUACUUGACACUCAAUCAUUGUAUAUGCAAACGAAACGACGUUCAAGUAUAUUUGGGUCACGACAUUUAAUAUAUGAUAUACCGUUACCAAUUGAUGAAUGUCAAAAUGAUGAUAUCAUAAUAAAACGACGUGGAUCUAAACGGUCUAUUCUAUUGAUGGGCUUAGGUAAUGCAAUAAGUGGUACAAAUUCUGAUUUAAGGCAUAAUGAUGGCAACAAUAGCAGUUCAGGUUAUAGACGUAAAAAUAGUGUUUUAAGAGUAAAAUCAUUACAACCAGAAGUCAAAACAAAUAUAAAUCGUACACCAGUUUCGAGAAAUAUUUCAUCACCUGGUAGAUUUAUUGAUACGAAAUCAAGGAUUAAUGAAAAUGAAUUUAAACCAAAGACAGGAUUUCGGCAAUUUUUAAAUAGAAUGUCAUCAAGAAAAUCAAAUUUAGGAACAAAAUUACAUAGACCGAUAAGUGAAUCAAAUUCAAUACAAAGCAUAAGUGAAGAAUCACAUCCAAAUUUACAAAGAGUUGAAUCAUCUAGUUGUAGUAGUGAAUUUCUUGAUGAUGGAUCAGUUCACGAUUUAAAUAAUGAAAACAAUGAAAAUACAGGAUCACCUUAUGAUGAUGAACGUAAAUAUGGUGAAAUACCAUUACAAAUUUAUAUGCUUUAUUUAAAAUCCUGUGGAUUACCAAUAGUAUUAACAUUUUUUAUAACAGCAUUAAUAUGGCAAUGCUUACGUAUUUAUACAGAUGUUUGGUUAAGGUAUUGGACUGAAAUGGAUUCAAGUUAUUCUACAAUUGCUAGUAUUGGAAAAUCAGCAACCGAAACAUUAAAAUCAUCAAUAUUUUAUUUAAAUAAUAACAACAGUGAUAUUAAUAGUAGUAAAAAUUUUAAUUAUUUUAAUAAUAAUUUUCAUAGUAUAAAUUAUAAUAACAAUGAUAUUGAUAGUGAUAAUAAUUAUUACAAUGGUGGUAGUAGUAAUGGUAUAACCAGUAUAUUUAAUAUUGAAAAUGAUACAAGAGAAUACAACAAUAACAAUUAUGAACAACAACAACAACAACAGCAGCAGCAAUAUCAAACGAUAUAUGACGUAGCAUAUUGUUUUAAUAUGUACACAAUAAUAUCAAGUAUUUGCAUUUUAAUGUCAAUCAUAUCAAUACCAGCUGGACAAAAAGCUGGUUGUAAUGCAAGAGAAAAACUUCAUGAUCAACUAUUGGAAUCAUUGUUGGCAAAACCAUUACAUUUUUUUCAAAUAACAUCAUUGGGAAAGAUUAUAAAUCGUUUUAGCAAUGAUAUGGCUAUCAUUGAUAAGAAAAUCGCUCCAACAAGCCAACGUCUUUUACAAUUUACAUUAUUAUGUUUAUGUGCUGUUCUUAUAAAUUUAGCUAUAACACCAUGGUUUAUUAUACUGACAAUACCGAUAUGCUUUGCUUAUUAUAUUAUACAAAAAUUCUACAGGUGUUCUUCAAGAGAAUUACAACGCCUUGAAAAUAUUACAAAUUCACCUGUCAUCUCACAUUUUAACGAAACAAUACAGGGUGUUACGACAAUAAGAGCAUAUAGUCAGGAAUCUCGUUUUACAGAAACAUUAUUUCGUCGUUUAGAAGCGAAUACAAUUGCUUUUGUGAUGUUGAAUACAAGUAAUAGAUGGCUUGGAAUUGCAUUGGAUUACCUUGGUGGUGUAAUUGUUUUUGUUGCUAUUAUAACAGCAUUAUUGGCAGCAUCAAUUGCAAAAGAGCAACAAAAUUUUCAUAGUCCAGAACGUUUUUAUAGCAACAACUAUCAUAAUAAUAAUAAUCAACAGCAAACAUUAUAUUCAACAUCAAAUAAUUAUUAUUCAAAUUCAAAUAGAUCAACCGUAUUACCACCUUCUUCAUCUACAUCAUCACCAUUAUCUGGUGAUGGUAUGAAUUUUAACUAUGAUUCAAAUAAUCAGAAUAUUUACUUUGAGAAUAGUGAAGAUUCAUUAUUAUUCCAAAUAUCACCAUCACCAUCACUUGUUGGAUUAGCCAUAAAUUAUACAUUAUUGGUACCAAUUUAUUUAAAUUGGGUUGUUAAAUUAUUAUCUGAUAUGGAAAUGUAUGUUGGUUCAGUCGAACGUAUCGCUUACUAUCAGCAAAAAUUAAAUGAAAAUUUGAAUACUUUUUGGCAAAGUCAUAAUGAUAAUAACAGUCAAAAAAGAAAUAGCAAUCAUCAUCAAUAUAAUCAUCAUUGUAAUCAUAAUCACAAACAAAAAGAAGAGAACAAUACUAUAGAUUGCGGUCAGCAACAUAAUAAUCAUAGUUUAAGAUGUCAAGUUCAAAUAUCCAAUGAAAAAAUGCAAAGUACAGAUAGUGCAAAAGGGAACUUACAAUAUGAUGAAAAAAAAUCAAAGGAAGUAAUGAAAUCUAAAGUAAACGAUAUACCAGGAAUUGAAAAAGAAAAAUCAUAUUAUGAUAAAGUUGAAUAUAAUUCUCAAGCUGCAGGAAAAUGUUAUUGUAAUGAACAACAUGAAUUAAUAGCCCCAAGUGAAGUGAAUCAAGUUAUUUAUGAUACUGUACCAAUUUCAUGGCCACAAAAAGGUGAUAUUGAAUUUAAAAAUGUUACCCUUCGUUAUCAAGGACAACAGAAAAAUGUUAUUACAGAUCUAUCAUUAAAAAUUUCCUCAGGACAAAAAAUUGGAAUUUGUGGCAGAACAGGAAGUGGUAAAUCAACAUUAGCUUUAUCUUUAUUUAGUGUAAUGGAUGUUAUUAAUGGUCAAAUAUUAAUUGAUGGUAUCGAUAUAAAUUCAAUACAUCCAGAUGAAGUACGUUCACGUUUAUCAAUUAUACCGCAAGAUGUACAUUUAUUUAGUGCAACAAUAAGAGAAAAUUUAGAUCCAAGAGGACAUUAUUCUGAUUUAGAAUUAUGGAAUUGUUUAGAGUUUGCACAAUUAAAGGAGACUGUAACACGUAUGGCAUGUGGAUUAGAUACCGAAAUAAUUGAGGGUGGAUUUAAUUUAAGUGCUGGACAACGUCAACUUUUUUGUUUAGCUCGUGCUGUACUUAGAGGCUCAGUGUGUUUAGUUUUAGAUGAAGCAACAAGUUCAUUAGAUGCAAUAACUGAAAAAGCACUUAUGGAUGCUGCACACAAUGCAUUUAAAGGACGAACAAUUUUAACAAUUGCUCAUCGCUUAUCAACAUUAAUGAAUUAUGAUCGAAUAAUUGUAUUAGAAAAUGGUAAAAUUAUUGAAGAUGGUACCCCAAAUGAACUCAAGGCAAUACCAAAUGGUAAAUUUUCAUCAAUGUUACAGUCAGGACAUUAAUUCUUAUAAAACGAAUUAUAAGAAUGACAAUGUCGUAGGACUGAUGGUUUAAAAAAGUCUAAUUAAUUUUAUAUGGUAUAGGUGGUCAAUAUUACAGAAAAGUAUUAUAUAUAUUAUAAUUUUAGAAUUAAGUAAAUGUUAAAUAUAUUAAGUUAUGAAAUAAUUAUUGUAAUUAUUAAAGAUUAGAAAUGUAAAAUUUAUAUUUUUAUAUUCAGUUUUUAAAAGAACAAUGAAUGCCCAAAAUUCAAUCAUAUAUUCUUCAUAUUUCAUUUAUAAUUCUGUAAUUCUUAAUAAUUUUGUAUUCUGCUUGUAUAACUUAAAAUUAUAUUAAUAGCUAUAUAAAAUUUGUCUUUUUUUUAAAGUAGAAGAAUUACUUGCCAA